AAAAGCCUAGACAACUGCGCAAUCAUACUGCGGCACCAGGUCCGGGUCCGUCUCCGCCCCCGCUGGCUCCCCUGCCCCCGCCCCUGCGUGGCUGGAGCCUGCCCACUGCGGCUCUCUGCAGUCUCUAGUCUGCUUCUUCAGGACCGUCGCAGCAGCCAUAGGCGACCCUGCGUCUCCAGCUCGACCACCGUGCUUCAAUUCCUGCUAUUCCAGCUUCAGCACCGCCUUUUAUCCCCCGCUCGCUGAUUGCUAUCACUGCAGCAGCCCGGCCGCCACCGUUUGGUCCAUCUCCGCCCGGCCACCGCGCAUCUGCUAUAAUUGGUGAGUCUUCCUGCAAAGGUCAGGUCGCCUGAUCUGCGGGCUUAGCCACCAUAAGUGCUGGUGAUCUUUUGAAAACAAUGGCCGAGUCAGCCGAUUAUAAAGAACUGUCUGAAUCCAACCAAGAAGAGCUUGGUAGCCAGGUAAUGGCGGAGGGGCCGGGGGAAUGUCAGGACCGCAGUGAAGGUGCCUCCACUGAGCCUGGAGAUGGAGGGGAAGGCGGGGAAGCAUCCGCGGCUGUUGGAGCUGGGGAAGAGGGAAAAGGUGAAGAAGCUGCUGCAGGGUCCGGGGAAGAUGCAGGGAAAUGCGGGGAUACUGAUGAGGACCCAGAUGCAGAUCGUCCAAAAGGACUUAUCGGUUAUCUUUUAGAUACCGAUUUUGUUGAAAGUCUCCCGGUCAAAGUUAAGUACCGCGUGUUAGCUCUUAAAAAGCUUCAAACAAGAGCUGCGCAUUUGGAAUCCAAAUUCCUGAGGGAAUUUCAUGAUAUUGAAAGGAAGUUUGCUGAAAUGUAUCAGCCCUUACUGGAAAAAAGACGUCAGAUCAUCAAUGCAGUCUAUGAACCCACAGAAGAGGAAUGUGAAUAUAAAUCAGACUGUGAGGACUAUUUUGAGGAGGAGAUGGAAGAGGAGGAAGAGACCAACGGCAAUGAAGAGGGCAUGGUGCAUGAAUAUGUGGAUGAAGAUGAUGGUUAUGAGGACUGUUAUUAUGAUUAUGAUGACGACGACGAGGAAGAGGAGGAGGAGGAAGAUAACAGCACCGGGGCCACCGGAGGAGAAGAGAAUAACGAAGAGGAUCCUAAGGGAAUUCCGGACUUUUGGCUGACUGUUUUAAAAAACGUUGAAGCACUCACUCCUUUGAUUAAGAAGUAUGACGAGCCUAUUCUGAAGCUGCUGACAGAUAUUAAAGUGAAGCUUUCGGAUCCUGGUGAGCCUCUCAGCUUCACACUCGAAUUUCACUUCAAACCCAAUGAAUAUUUCAAAAACGAGCUGUUGACAAAGACUUAUGUGCUGAAGUCAAAGCUUGCAUGCUAUGAUCCCCACCCCUAUAGGGGAACUGCCAUUGAAUAUGCCACUGGCUGCGACAUCGAUUGGAAUGAAGGGAAGAAUGUCACUUUGAGGACCAUCAAGAAGAAACAGAGACAUCGCGUCUGGGGAACAGUCCGAACCGUGACUGAAGAUUUUCCUAAGGACUCUUUCUUCAAUUUCUUCUCUCCUCAUGGGAUCAACUUAAAUGGAGGGGAUGAAAAUGAUGAUUUUUUGCUUGGUCAUAAUUUACGUACUUACAUAAUUCCAAGAUCAGUGCUAUUUUUCUCAGGUGAUGCACUUGAAUCUCAGCAGGAAGGUGUAGUUAGGGAAGUUAAUGAUGAAAUUUAUGACAAAAUUAUUUAUGAUGAUUGGAUGGCUGCAAUUGAGGAGGUUAAAGCCUGUUGCAAAAAUCUUGAGGCAUUAGUGGAAGACAUUGAUCGCUAAAGCAGAGUAAAUGCUUCUGAAGUUAACUGCCCUACAUGCAGUUACUGAAAACAUAAGUAGUUAAUUAUAGUCUUGUGUUCUGUAUUGUUCCUGUCAUGCCAAUUUAAAAAUUCAAAUACUAAUUAAUCUGACCUUGCAUUGCAGUGAUAUGAUAUUUUGAAAACAUGUAGACUGUGGUAAAUAAUUAAAGACAUUAAUAUAGUAUGUAGUAUAAUUCUCCUGAAGUCCUUGUGCCAUGUAGCUAUUAAUCUGUGGCUAUGAAUAUUAUUAGAAGUGCUAACUGAGGCUACUUGUUUACAAAGAAAAUAUUGGUAACCCACCUAACAGUGUUUUGCUCUUUUGUCCCUUAUUUUCUUAGUGCUCUGACCAAUGGCUUUAUUUUAUUGUGCCUGCUUCUUUUUGCAGUAAAUAUACAGUAGAAUUUAAAGCUUGACUGCCUAAGAGGCCAGCAUAUGGUUGAGAAUUUCAGGCAAAAUCACA